GAGAGUUCGCUAAAGCUAAGUCGGAAAAGACAGGAAUUUACUUUCAGCAUAAAUGCGCUACAUUUAUCAAGCUGGGCAGUAGGUAAGGAUGAUCCCGGAAAUCCUUUAACGUUCUGGCAAAUUUGAGGCUGUGUAAACAUGGCGAGCCUGGCAGAUGUCGGUUGGAAACUCCUGGAAUUCAAAGCCCGAUCAAAAAGAUCAGGUUCCAUCUAUGAACCUCUUAAGCUGUCCAACCUUCAGCGUGAGGAUGAGCCCCUAUGGGAGAAGCUGGACCGCUACUACAGUGCCGUCAAAACAACGAUUCUGAACUACCAGAGUCCCAACACAGGCCUGUUCCCGGUCAAAACAUGUUCCACCUGCAAGGAGGCCAAGGUCCGGGACUCCCUGUACUGUGCUGCUGGUGCCUGGGCCCUGGCUAUGGCCUACCGACGCAUCGAUGAUGACAUGGGGCGAACGCAUGAACUGGAGCACUCUGCCAUCAAGUGCAUGAGAGGGAUCCUCUACUGCUACAUGAGACAGGCUGAUAAGGUGGAGCAGUUUAAACAGGAUCCCAGCCCUUCCAAGUGUCUGCACUCAGUGUUCAAUGUAGACACCGGUGACGAGGUUUACACCUACGGCGACUACCACCACCUGCAGAUCGAUGCUGUUUCUCUGUUUCUGCUGUACCUGGUGGAGAUGAUCUGCUCUGGUCUGCAGAUCAUUUACAACACUGAUGAGGUUUCCUUCAUACAGAACCUGGUGUUCUGUGUGGAGAGAGCCUACAGGGUGCCUGACUAUGGCAUGUGGGAGCGCGGCAGCAAAUACAACAACGGCAGCACUGAGCUGCAUUCCAGCUCUGUGGGCCUGGCUAAAGCUGCUUUGGAGGCCAUCAACGGAUUCAACCUGUUUGGAAACCAGGGAUGUUCAUGGUCGGUGAUAUUUGUGGAUCUGGAUGCCCACAACAGGAACAGACAAACCCUCUGCUCCCUGCUGCCCCGAGAGUCUCGCUCCCAUAACACAGAUGCAGCCUUGCUUCCAACCAUCAGCUAUCCUGCCUUUGCGGUGGACGACGAUGCUCUGUACAGUCAGACACUGGACAAGAUAGUUCGCAAGCUGCGGGGCAAAUACGGCUUCAAACGUUUCCUCCGUGACGGCUACCGCACCACUAAUGAAGACAAGGAACGCCGCUACUACAAACCUGCUGAAAUGAAGCUUUUUGAUGGAAUCGAGUGCGAGUUUCCCAUAUUUUUCAUCUACAUGAUGAUUGACGGUGUGUUCAGAGGAAAUAAAGCUCAGGUCAAAGAAUACCAGGACCUUCUUGAACCCAUCAUCUUUCAGUCUUAUGAGGGCCAUGCUGUGAUUCCCAAAUACUACUAUGUACCGGCUGAUUUUGUGGAGGCGGAGCAGAGCAAGCAUGGAAGCCAGAAGCGUUUCCCUAGCAACUCUGGACGUGAUGGGAAGGUCUUCUUGUGGGGUCAAGCCCUGUACAACAUCGCCAAGCUGCUGGUGGAUGAGCUGAUCAGCCCUAAAGAUAUUGAUCCCAUCCACCGCUACGUGCCCCACCAGGACCAACGCAACGUCAGCAUGCGAUACUCCAAUCAGGGUCCCAUAGAGAAUGAUGUUGUGAUUCACGUAUCCCUGAUAGCAGAGAGCCAGAGAUUACAGGUGUUUCUGAACACCUAUGGCAUUCAGACCCAGACGCCCCAGCAGGUGGAGCCAAUCCAGAUCUGGCCUCAGAAAGAACUGGUGAAGGCAUACCGCUUCCUUGCCAUCAAUAAGAAGCUGGGCUUGAGUGGGCGUCCAGAGAGGCCAGUGGGCUGCAUCGGGACCUGCAAGAUUUAUCGCAUCCUGGGCAAGACAGUGGUGUGCUACCCAAUAGUGUUUGAUCUAAGUGACUUUUACUUGUCCCAGGAUGUUAUGCUGCUGAUUGAUGACAUUAAGAACGCCCUGCAAUUCAUCAAGCAGUGCUGGAAGAUGCAGGGACGUCCUCUCUUCCUGGUUCUCAUCCGCGAGGAUAACAUCAGGGGGAGCCGCUUCAACCCAGUCUUGGACAUGCUGGCAUCUUUCAAGAAAGGCAGCAUUGGAGGGGUCAAAGUUCAUGUCGACAGACUUCAGACCCUGAUAUCUGGAGCAGUGGUGGAGCAGUUGGACUUCCUGCGUGUUAAUGAGGCAGAGAUCUCAGAGUUUAAGAGCUUUGAGGAGCUGGAGCUGCCCAAACACUCCAAGGUGAAGAGACAGACAAGCACGCCCAACGCCUCAGACCUGGAGCAGCAGCCAGAGAUCAGUGAGGAGGAGUGGCUGCACAAGCCCACCCAAGAGAUCAUCCAGAAGUUCCACGACUCCAACUGCUUGGCCAGUCAGGCUCAGCUUGCAGGAAUCCUUCUUCGGAGAGAAGGACCAGACUUUCUUGCCAAAGAUGAGAACCUGAUGGAGGAACUGGAGAGAAUCUACAGACAAGCAGGCAGCAGGAAGCUUUGGCUGGCAGUGCGCCAAUCUGCUACCAUUAUCAAGAGGUUCGCCAGCUCCAUAGCUCCUCACAUCACCACAAUUCUGGUGCAUGGGAAACAGGUGACCCUCGGCCUAUUCGGGCAUGAGGAGGAGGUGAUCUCCAACCCACUGUCGCCAGGGGUGAUCCAGGGAAUCAUCUACAGCAAGUGCUCCCCUCAGGGUGGGGAGCGGGAGGCUGUCCUUCAGCAGGAGCUGGUCAUCCACAUCGGAUGGAUUAUCUCCAACAACCCAGAGCUGUUCAGCGGCAUGAUCAAGAUCAGAAUCGGAUGGAUCGUCCAGGCCAUGAAACAUGAGCUGAAGAUCCGGGCAGGAGACAUGCCCCCCCAGGAUAUCUACCAGCUCUCCCCCAGCGACAUCAAGCAGCUCCUGCUGGACGUCCUGCAGCCGCAGCACACCGGCAGGUCUUGGCUGAACCGGCGUCAGAUCGAUGGCUCUCUGAACAGGACCCCUCUGGGAUUUUAUGAUCGUGUGUGGCAGAUCCUGGAGAGGACGCCCAACGGUAUCAUGGUGGCUGGGACGCACCUCCCACAGCAACCCACACUGUCUGACAUGACCAUGUACGAGAUGAACUUCUCUCUGCUGGUGGAGGAGACGCUGAAGAACAUUGUCCUGCCUGAGUACAGACAAAUCAUAGUCGAGUUGCUGAUGGUAGUGUCCAUUGUGCUGGAGAGAAACCCAGAGCUUGAGUUUGGCGACAAAGUGGAUCUGGACAGUCUGGUGAAGGAAGCCUUCCAUGAUUUCCAGAGGGAUCGCAUCUGCUUUGAAGGCAAAGAGAAACAGGAUAAUAUGGAGGCUUUCUACAACACACCAGCAGUGGGAAAGAGAGGCACCUCCAGCUAUCUCACCAAGGCUGUCAUGAUCCAGUUGCUGCAAGGGGAUGUCAAGCCCUGCAAGGACGACCCGUGCUCUGUUAGUUAGAUUUACAAUGCUGUGACCCCUAAUCCCAGCCCACUGCAGUGUAGUCAUCAAAUGGCAAGGACCACUGAGUAUCCAUCAAAUGUAUUCAGAAGAUAAACUCUAACCUCUCCAAUCCUCCCUCGGCACAUUACCCACUCCACCACUUUUGCCUCAACAGCAGCAGAGGCUUCAGCUGUCGUACAUUAGUACAUCUGUGGUUUGCUCCAGGCAUUAAAAUUCAUCCACCAGUCAUGCUUAAAAACAAAAUGUUAAUCAUUGGGGAAAAAACUCAUCGUAUAACCAAGAGUCUAAUUUGUUUUAUUUAUACAUAUCUUCUGAAUCCCAGCAGUAUUUCUUAUUUAAGUAAAGAUUUUAAUAGCAUUAUUUUGAAUACCUUUGACAUAACUAGCUAAUAUUGAUACACUGUUCUCCUACCCUUUAUCUGGAUGCCAUAGAUUAGCCUGUGUGCACUGUGUUCCUAGGGUUAUUAUACUGUAAUAUCUCAGUGGCAGAACCUCACUAUACCUCUACACACCUUUUUGUUGUUGAGUUCAGUCUCCUGACUGUGUUGUGUGUUCAAAUUGAGGUUUUAAUAAUGUCAUUAAUAACCAUUUGCCAGUUAGCUAGUUAAUCACUGUUACUUUAUCUUUCUCCAAUGAUAAGUUUUUUUCCUAAAAACCAUCACAAUAAAAACGAAUUGAAGGAGAAACCACGCAGGCGAUAAUAGUUUUAAGUUAGCAUAAAAACUGAAAUGGGGAAACAGCUAGUCUGGUUCUGCAAAGAUAAAAAGGGAUGUUAAGUUAAACGAGCUGCAAAAGCAUACAGAUGAGAGUGGUAUCAAUCUUCUGAUCAAAUUUUCUGUAAGAAAGUGGAUCAGCAUGCUUCCCAAAAUGUCAAACUCUUUCUUUCAUUUUUAGGUGUUGGUGUUGCUUAGAAAUCCAUUUGAAAUGUUCUGUGUUCUGGCUGUCAGGUCUUUAGAAAUAAUGCCGCUAUGAACCAGGCUCAGACGUAACUGCUCAUACCUCACUAGCAAUAACCUACAUAGCAAUUUAAUGUGCGAGAGUGAAUCAGUCAGAACCAGGUCAUAUUGUUUCAUGAGAGAUGUUGGUGCACUUGGCUCCCAGAGGGGCCUGAAGCAUGUGCAGCUUAUUACCUGAAACAGACAGUGGUUGAUUCUUGCAUUAUUUCAUAUGAUUUCUAAAAAAUACCUGUAUGGAUCUUCAUCAAAACACAGCUUGGCCUUGUAAACCUCAGUCAAAGUAUCUGCAGGCAUUAGAGGGUUUGAGAACCACUGCAUUUUUAUUUUAUUAUUUAGAGUUAUUAUUCUGCUCAAAGUACAUACGUGUCAGAGGUAGGUGUUUGUUGUACUGUGUUGAGUUUCUCUGAUAGAAACGCUGUGUCCUCUUUGCAUGCACAGUCUGCUGCAUGACAAUAGGUACUGUUUUGCCAUAACCAUCUUGAGGGUUUCUCUGAAUGUUUUAGGUUUAUGAGAGGUCUGUUUUGUGCAAUAGGGCUCUGCGUGACAGCGCCUGCUGCUUGGGAGCGAGGACCCUGUUUUGUUGAAUGUGGGCAACAGAAAAGACUGCUGUAUUCUUAGAUAGAGAUGAUGAAAGAUUGACUCUGACUUAUUUUAAAGCGUGCCUCUCUGAAUAUCAUCACUGUGAUCAAUCUUCCCCACCUUGCCGCUGUGUGUGUGUGUGUGUGUGACAAGGAGUAUUUUAAACUCAGAACUGUAGGUUCAAAGAAUAAAGUUAUCAUGGAAACUACAGAAAUGUGUCACUUUACUUUACUAUCAGCU